AUGCUCAGAACGUCAACAUUACUCACAAGACGUGUUCAUCCUUCUUUAUUUUCUAGAAACAUCCUCAGAUUGCAAUCUACGGCAGCAAUUCCCAAAACCCAAAAGGGUGUCAUCUUUUAUGAAAAUAAUGGAAAACUGCAUUACAAAGAUAUCCCAGUCCCACAGCCUAAACCAAAUGAAAUUUUGAUCAACGUCAAAUACUCCGGUGUGUGUCAUACCGAUUUACACGCCUGGCACGGUGAUUGGCCCUUGGCUGUCAAGUUACCAUUAGUAGGCGGCCAUGAAGGUGCUGGUGUUGUCGUCAAACUAGGCUCCAACGUUAAAGGCUGGAAAGUCGGCGAUUUGGCAGGUAUCAAAUGGUUAAACGGUUCUUGCAUGACCUGUGAAUUCUGUGAAUCAGGCCACGAAUCGAAUUGUCCGGAGGCUGAUCUCUCUGGUUACACUCAUGAUGGUUCUUUCCAACAGUUCGCAACUGCUGAUGCUAUACAAGCUGCCAAGAUCCAACCAGGUACUGACUUAGCCGAAGUGGCCCCAAUAUUAUGUGCUGGUGUUACUGUAUACAAAGCACUAAAAGAGGCAAACUUGAAAGCGGGUGACUGGGUCGCCAUCUCCGGCGCUGCAGGUGGGUUAGGUUCCUUAGCCGUUCAAUAUGCCACUGCAAUGGGUUACAGAGUCUUGGGUAUUGAUGCGGGUGAAGAAAAGGAAAAGCUUUUCAAGCAAUUGGGUGGUGAAGUUUUCAUUGAUUUUACCAAGACGAAGGAUAUGGUUUCUGAUAUUCAAGAAGCUACUAAGGGUGGUCCUCAUGGUGUCAUCAACGUUUCCGUUUCAGAAGCUGCCAUUUCCCUAUCUACAGAAUAUGUUAGGCCAACUGGUACCGUUGUCUUGGUUGGUUUGCCAGCUAAUUCCUACGUUAAGUCGGAGGUCUUUUCUCAUGUCGUGAAAUCCAUCAAUAUCAAGGGUUCUUACGUCGGUAACAGAGCUGAUACAAGAGAGGCCUUAGAUUUUUUCACCAGAGGCCUGAUCAAAUCACCAAUAAAAAUUGUUGGAUUAUCUGAAUUACCAAAAGUUUAUGAUUUGAUGGAACAGGGUAAGAUUUUGGGCAGAUACGUUGUCGAUACUAAUAAAUAA